AUGAAGAAUCAGUCAUUAAAGUAUAGUUGUAAGAUUUUCUUGGUGAUCUUGAUACUUUUAUAAAAGACAACAAUAUAAUAACUCCUCUUUUAUUCAAAUUUAUAAAUACUAAAAUAUAAAAAACCAAUCCCUUUAUUUUCAAGUUAAGAUCAAAUAUAUAGAAUUGAAUUAUAAAACUUUCCUAUAAUAUUGAAUUAAUUUGAAAAACUAAAAUUAAAUUAAUCAGUAAUAGAGAUAAUAUUCAAUUGUUUUAGCAAAAAUGUUCAUAAGAUUAUGCUAUUUUUGGAAGUUGUUGUGCAGAUGAAAAUACUAUCAAUUAUUUUACAUCUAGAUCUCAGGAAUUCUUGUAUAUAAAAAUAUAUUUAAGUGAAUUAAAUAUAGUCAUAAAAGAAUUUGAAUAAACAUUAUAUUCACUAAUUAUAUUGCUUAAAAUUUUUAGAUAAGUAAUUAAUUAAAUUUCAAAUUAUGGUUGUUAUCUUUUUAGAAUAGAGAAUAAUAGCAGUUAUUGAAGAAGUAUCAUACCCAAAAUUAGGAUAACCUUUAGCUUAAAUUGGUAGAAUAAUCAAAUUAAUAUUUUUAUUUAAACACAUAAUAACAAUCUAUUAUUAGAAAAUUUAUUUAUAAAUUCUAUUAUCAAGAUGUGUCGCCCAAAAUUUAAAGAGUAUAAAUUUAACUUUCUAUAUAUAAAUUCAAAUUUUAAAUAAGCUAAUCAAUAUUAUUUAAAUACUUUCAUAUCCUAACUAAAUGCAAUAAGCUUUAUUAGAAGAAGCAAAAUAAAAUUAUCAAUUAAUUUAUGUAUUAUAAGAAAUUUCAAGAAUUUAAUUUAAAUUACAGGAAAAAUUUGGAGAGUAAAUUCUAAUUUUAAAUUCAUAAAUAAUUCCAAACUUUUUUACUAAAGAAAUAGAAUACGAUAAUUAAACAAAAUCAAAUAGAUUUUAAAACAAAUCUUUUGAUCCUUUGGAAAUAGAAAAUAUAAUAUAUUGA